AGCAAUUACGUACUACGUACGUAUAUAGGUUAGGUUAGGUAAGGUGGUCUAGAACUAAUAGGGAUCCAUCCCAUUGCAUGGUAAUUAAUUACCUGACUACUUUAUCUAUCUAUCCUGAUCGCGACCUUCAAGCAAAGUAGGGGCUGAUUGAUACUUGUGUCGCAGACAUGACAAUUUGUAGGGCUUGCGCAAGGGGUGCCUGCCGCUCAGUCCUCAGCAUCAGGUCUGCCAGCUACCUCUCGAGCAGUCGCGCUGGAGUUGGCAGCUCUUCGGGGUCGCAGAUGCGAAAUUCAGGCGUCGCAAACUCUGCUGUAACAAGCUCUUCCCGAACCCAAGAUAUCACCAGAGCCAUCAAAAAUUCGCCAGAUACAGACUCCCUUGGCGGGCUUAAAGAGGGCUCCAGUCGCAAAGUUCCAGAUAGCAAAAGCCUUGACUAUGCUGUGCGCAGGCACUUGGAGUUUCUUGGCGAUGAUCGCUUCAAGAUCGCUAAGCAUGUCUCGACCACCCUGCAAAGGGAUGCGUUUGACGAGGCCCUUCACCUUGUGCGCAAAAUCUCCAGGGCAGACCGAGACUAUAUGGUCUCUUGGAACCACCUUAUAAGCCACCUUUUCGAAAAACAGCGGUUGAAUGCGGCAAUCAAGCUUUAUAACGAGGCCAAGAAGCGCGGACAGACACCCAAUGCGCAGACAUACACCAUCAUGUUUGACGGCUGCGCCGCCUCGGAACACCCGAAACUUGCAGUCGGCGAGGCGGUUAAACUUUAUCACACACUACUACGCAGCGAGAGGCUCAAGCCCAACACGACACACCUCAACGCUGUUCUCAAGGUCUGCUCGCGCGCCGGAGACCAGGAGGCGUUGUUCAGCGUUUUGCAAACCGCCGAGGGCGACAGGAAGGCCGACAACCUCACGUACACCACUAUACUGAACUCCAUCCGUGUCAGGACGGCACCCUCGGACAGGAAACCUGAAUUGAAGGGCCUCAAAAAGAAUGAGCGAGAAGAUGCCAGACGCAUGGAGAUUGUGGUCUCUAUCCAGCGGGCAAAGGCUAUAUGGGAGGAGAUUGUGAAGCUAUGGAGAUCUGGCAAGCUCAUAAUGGAUGAAGAGCUUGUCUGCGCCAUGGGCAGGAUUCUCAAGACUGGUGAUCGUGCAGCCAACAGCGAGAUACUCGCUCUCAUCGAGCAAGCCAUGAACAUUCCUAGGCUUGACAAGGCGGCUCUGCCGGCACCACAGCAGCCCACCGAGGGUAAGUCGGCUGUCGUAAAGACCCGCCCAAGAUCAGGCAUGGGAUUUGCCACACCAGGUAGAAACACGUUGUCUCUACUUCUGGAAUCUCUGGGGACCACCAGGGAGACCUCCCUUGCUGUGAGAUACUGGGAUAUAUUCGUCCGGGAACACGGAGUGAUACCCGACAGCGAGAACUGGUUCCGACUUCUCAGGACCCUAUGGAUUGGUAAAGCCAGCGGCAAUGCCUCCAAAUACAUAACACGGAUGCCUCCGCAGUAUCUCAGGCCCACCACUGUGCACAUCGCCUUGGCGACUUGUAUAAGGGACAACCUGAACGACUCUGCCACGGCCAACGCGGAUAAGAUUAUGUCAUACGCCAUCCGGACGCUAGACGUUGUAGACGCCAUAACGAUGCGCUACUAUCUGCAAGCAGUUAUAGGAAAUCACCAUCGUUUCAGGGUCAUGGAGGAGAAAGGCGACGUGCAAAAGUCGCAGAUCGAGCUCGGAAAGCAUUACGCGCAUGCUUUACACUUUCUUCAGGGUCCGUUGAUGAAGGCCACCAACAAUCUGACACACUACCGGGUGCCAGAGGGCCCUCUGAAGGGACAGGCCGCGAUCCAAUACAACGAGUUUAGGGAGCUGGCCGCCACGGCGCGGCGCAUGAUAUCAGUUGCUGACAAGAUCAUGAACCAGAAACUGGUCUCGGAUCAGAAGGAGUUGAAAUGGAUCAAGGAUUUCCGCGUCAAGAUGCAAAACUUCGUCGAGUCGGUCUACGAGGGCCGUGACCACCUCGAGCCUAAACUCCCACCUAAGCGGGAUAGCGAGUACCGCUAUGACAGGGAAAAGUACCGUCAGGUUGAUGAGUAUGACUGGAGAAACGAUGCUGCGGCCGAGCUGAAAUUCUUAGACUCUUAAGGGCAGCGGCCACCUUUGUGCGAGUCUUUUGUGUACAAAAAUGUAGCAUUUCAAAUAGAAAGCAGACUAGAGCUUGUACUAUAAUAACGAACCCAUCUUGUCUGUGAGUAACAGUUAGUUCUAGAAUAGUCCGUCGAAUCUCGUGCUACAGUGGCGCUGAGUGGUUACCUACCUGAGUAGGUAGGUAGGUACCUUACACUACACAAUCCGGGUACAUAGAGUAUCUAGCACGCAUCGGAAACUCUCUUUUCACUCAAUGAAUGAUUGCAGGGAAAAUAU